UUAUUUGCUGUAUGACAAACAACUUUGAAAUGUCAAUGGCUUAUAAGAAGUAUUUAUUUUGGGCUUAUAGGCCUUCAUGUUGGCUAGGGUUUGGCUGGUUUGUAGUGGGCUCAGCUCAGCUUGGCUUCUCGCUGUAGUUUGGGUCCAGGUCUGCUCCACGUGCCUCCUUGGGCUUGUAGCUAACUGGGGCAAACUUUUCUCAUUGAAAAAGGAAGGGGUUCUAGAGGGUAGGUCCAGUGGCACGAGCACAUUGCAAGUCUUUGCUAGUGUCAUGCAAGCAUCCCAAUGGUCCAAGCAUGGGGAUAUACACUCUGUCCACCGUGAAGCCACGGUAAGAAUGUGGGUGUACAACGCUCCCACAGGGGAGUGAAGGUCUGAGACCAAUAAUCCAUCUAGCACAGGCAUCAACUUUUUUAGCUUCAGAACUUUUCUUCAAAUAAAUCCUUACGUGGAGUUUGAAUAUAUAAUAUAGACAAGAGCGAAGCUGUUCUGAUAGAUGUGGGGGGUGGGCUGAAUCCUGCCCUCUACUCCCCUGCAGGGCCUCCUGGGAUGUCUCUGCAGAGUCUCCCGAUGUCAUGGACUAUCAUUUGACAACCACCCGUCUUCUAGGAGAUUUCAUGGAGCUCUUCCUCCUCCAGGGUCCGGGGAUCUGAAGCCAUGGUUAAGAAGGAGCAGGCCUUCCUGAAGGUUGGGUCUCAAUAUGGGAUCCAGAAGGGGCACCUCCUAGAAACCAGGUAUAGAGGAUGCCUUGGGUCACACCUGACUGCCAGCAGAGCCAGACAACGGGUAGCAAACAACCCCGAUUUGUUCCACGACUCAGCCCCAACCUGCUGGGUUGCUGCAACUCUCACUCCUUGCCUGCCUCUGACUCAGGUGCAGGAGAUUGUUGUCUAAUGGAACAUCUGGCUCUCAGGUCACAGCGUCCUGUGGGGGGGGGGGCAUUGUGACGCUUAUCAUUACUGAUUUGCCAGCACAGUCUCGGUAGUGCCUUUUGGGCAAGUAGGCUGUUGCUAUUUCUAGAACUGAGCCAAAGGCCAGCCCCUUCCCAUGUGGCCUCUCCACUUUCUUGCUCUCUGCAGUGGCAUCCGCUUUUAUUCCUACAGGCAGGUGGAGGCAAGAAGGAGGAUGGGUCAGAGGCCCAAAUACAGGCUUGUGGAUCACCAAAACCCAAGAGCUUUCCACUCCUGACUCCCUGCAAAGCCCAAGAUUCAUAGCUACCUCUUGGAAAGUUUUGAAAAAAGAGGAUUUUCUUGUCUCAAAGGUCCCUCUGGCCCAGCUGUUGAAUGAGGACUCUUUUCAGGUAACCUUCUGUGACUGGACAGCCAGGGCUGUUGAGCUGUCUGCCAUCUCAAAACCCAGCUGUGAGCCAGCGUGGCAGGGGCUGUGCAUGGAAGCCAGGAGCUGGGCCCUCAGAAGGCAACUGUGCCCGCCGGGCAUCAUGCUGCUGGCCUUUGCCACUCUGCUCAGCUGCCUGCUCACCUCCGGCCAGGCCAAGGUCUACAGUCGCUGUGAGCUGGCCAGAGCCCUCCAGGAUUUCGGCAUGGAGGGAUACCGGGGAUACAGCAUGGCUGACUGGGUCUGUCUUGCUUACUUCACAAGUGGCUUCAAUACAGCUGCUGUGGACCAUGAAGCCGAUGGGAGCACCAACAAUGGCAUCUUCCAGAUCAGCAGCCGGAAGUGGUGCAAAAAUCUCAGCACAGAUGUCCCCAACUGGUGCCAGAUGUACUGCUCCGACUUGCUGAAUCCUAACCUUAAGGACACUGUCAUCUGUGCCAUGAAGAUAGCUCAACAGCCCCAGGGGCUGGCCAGCUGGGAGGCCUGGAGGCGUCACUGCCAGGGCAAGGACCUCAAGGACUGGGUGGAUGGCUGUGACUUGUAGGAUCCUCUGUGGAUGGACCGGGCCACGCACAGCAGGCUGGGAGAUGUGGUGUGGUCUCUGAUGCAGGCUUGGGAAGACAAGCCAACCAAUAAAGAGUGGUUUAACCCAA